AUGGAUACUGGUGGCAAGAUCAAGAAGGGUGCAGGAGGAAGGAAAGGUGGUGGACCGAAGAAAAAACCGGUGUCAAGGUCUGUUAAGGCCGGUCUUCAAUUCCCUGUUGGAAGAAUAGGGCGGUAUUUGAAGAAAGGAAGGUACUCGCAGCGUGUUGGAACCGGUGCUCCGGUUUACCUUGCUGCAGUUCUUGAGUAUCUAGCCGCUGAGGUUCUUGAGUUGGCUGGAAAUGCUGCCCGUGACAACAAGAAGAACAGGAUUAUUCCGAGACAUGUUCUUUUGGCUGUGAGGAAUGACGAAGAAUUGGGAAAAUUGCUUGCAGGUGUGACUAUUGCCCAUGGUGGUGUGUUGCCUAACAUCAACCCUGUAUUGUUGCCUAAGAAGACUGAGAAGGCUUCCAAGGAGCCCAAAUCUCCAUCUAAGGCCACCAAGUCUCCAAAGAAGGCUUAG